ACCGCUGGUGUUUGUAUCCACGUGCGCGACUCCCAAUACUUAUAGCCCCGUUUGCACCUUCGGCUUCCCUUUUUAAGAUUUGCCCCGGAAGCCUGUGACCCAGGGUCGACUGAUACGCUGGGGGAUCCCCUGCAUUCGCGGGAGAUCUGGGGGUUUCCAGUCCUCAGUGACAUCGGCGACAGAACAGAGCGACAAGUGAAACGAGGAACCGUGGGGGUGCGCCGCUGCUCCUGCCCGCGGGGAAAGAUGUGGAGGAACGAACGGAGGUAUCGGUGGCUGCAAACCAUCUCGGGGAUCAUCGGCUCCGUCGCUCUAAUCUACUCGGUUUGCUACCCCGACUGGUACGGGGGGAAAGGGCUGUGGGACACGGCGGAUGUCGCACAGUUCAGCCGAGCUGUGGAAACAGAGCGUGUGCUAGGAGCAAUAGCAUGUAUGAUGGCAGGCACUUCCAUCUGCCUCUGUCUGCUGUUCCUCUUUUGCUGGGAUCCGGAAACUAACGCUAAGUCCAAGAUGAAUCCUGAACGAACACUGCACCCUGGAAAACUGCUACUUGUACUACUGAUGCCAACUGCUAUUGUAUAUCUUAUCCCAUGGUUGUCAUUCACAAUUCGUCACAAGGAACAGAUCAAGGAUGAUUUCACAAGACUUGGCUACGCAUAUUGGAUGGGGAUUUAUUCUUGUUUCACUUUGUUAGUUAUUUUGCCAAGUAUCUACUUAAAAGAACAGUGCUCACUUCCAGAACCAGCGCCUAUAAUGAACAGGACCUCGGUUUCAAGUGAAUCUGAAUGCAGUCUUGUCUAAGUGGACCAAGAAGACAGAUUAUUUUCAGAACUAGUAUGGGAAUGCGGAAGACUAAAUUUGAAAGAGCUUCUUUAGGUAUUGGAAAAGUGACAUUAUUUAAAAGGUAUUUCAAUUGUGUUGAAUACAUCUGCUGAACUAUACAAAAAAGUAACUGUAGGUGAAAAUGCUUAUGUGUGAGUAUACUCAGAUAGGUAGUAAAUACUAAUGUUAUCUAAACUAUAGUAGUCAAGUUGCAAAACCAUAAAAUGGUUCAUAAGAGGUCUGUAAUUCUUCAUCCAUCUUAAAAUAUUCAUCCACUUUAACACAGAAAACCUACAGCACAAUACAGGACUUUCGGCCCACAAAUUUGUGCUGAACAUGUCCCUACUUUAGAAAUUAAUCCCUCCUUAUGUCUUUAUAUUGUUGUCUUUCUUGCUAAGUUAUCCCAAAUGUAUCCCAAUGUACAAUUAAAUAUCUUUUUAUUUCACCCCAUUUAUCUUUUAAUUUUACUCUUUUUUUAUGACUGACAUACAAAUUUUUAGAUAUUUUAUUUCUUUUGAUGAAGUCCCAUUGUACCCAGACCUUAAUAAAAUUGUCUUUAAGCAAAAUAUAUAUAAAGUCCUUUAAAAUCCAUAUGGCCUGUUGAAGUAGCCUACUGGUGACUGUAUAGCUUUGAGUCAAGUCCUGCUAAAUGAAGGUACCAAGAAAUGAUUUCAGCUUUGUCUGUUUCAUGUAGGUAUGUUUUAAUCAAUGCACUAAGCUUAGAGAAAGUGCUCCACUGGUCAAUGUACAACACAGUAUGUGGUGAAACUGAAAUCAAUAGGCAUUAGUGAUAAAACAUGUACCAACAAGCUGAAUCCUUGAUGUAAGUUGAGAGUAACAGCCUUGCUAUCACUGCAUCUUGGGGUAAAACUGAAGUCAAUAUGCAUUGAAGGAAAAAUAUUACAGUAGCUGAAGUCAUAUCUUCAAAGGAAUUACAGUACUGUGCAAAAGUCUUAGGCACACAAGAUUUUUCAUAUUACAUGGCCACAGAGCCCCAACCUCAACAUUGUCAAGGCUGGCUGGGAUUACCUGGAGAUACAGAAGCAAGCGGGACAGCCAAAGCCUGCAGAGGAACUUCAGCAAGUUCUCCAAGAUGCCAGGGACGGCUUACCAGCUAUUUUUAAAAUAAAACUGCAUGACAAUGUACCUAAGAGAAUUGAUGCAGUUUUAUAGGCAAAAUGUGGUCACACCAAAUAUUGAUUUGAUUUAGAUUUUUUUACUAUUUACUGCUCUUUGUAGUACAUUUUUUGAUAUUUAGGAACUUUUCAUUUGAAAGCACCUUUGCUUUAUGGAAUUUUUUAUAUAUGCCUGACACUUCUGCACGGUACUGUAGGCAAGCUCCAGGGCAUCACUGGAGGAGUUCCUUGGGGCAGUGUGACAAGCCCAGCAUUUUCAGCUGUUUUCUUCAAUGAGUUUGUUUUCAUUGUGAGGUCAGAAUUGGGAACAUUAGAUCAUGUUACACAUCAGCAGUACAUUCACAACCCCACAGUAAAUGAAGUAAUCCAUACUGGAGCACAAUAAGAGUAUAAGACCAUGAUUUAUAGUAAGAACAUUUGUGUGACAGAACUUCAGGCAUUAUACACUUCCAACUCCAGAGUCACUUCCACUUCACUUCAAAGUAUUUCUACUAAAUCUUCCAUCUGCAACAUCGUAGUGCUCACCAUUGGCUAAGUGAACCAGCCACAUAAAUAAAGCAGAUUGGAGGCUGUGCAUCUUGUGACAAGUGACUCAUUUCCUGACAACAUCCACAAUGAUAAAAAAACAAGCAAGCAAAGUUCAUUAAAAAGUAGAUUGUUAUUAAAGCAGUGGGCUUUUAAUAACUGCACAUUUCUUUCUGACAUUGGUUUCUAUUUUAAAACCAAACCAAUUCUCCAAACGGCAUUGCAAAAAAAAAUGUGCAGGUUGAUGCAAGGUAACCAAUGAUGUGUUUCAAUAAGCAGAGAUGAAACGAGAGGAUGCAAAAGGCUAAAAAACCACAAAGACGUCAUGUGCAUAGAAGCAGAAACACCAGAAUUUACCCCAUUAAUGGGAACUGAUUCUAAGUGCAGAAUCCUUCUAAGCAUUUGUUUUACUGUAGUGAUCUGCAAACAUGAUUUUUCUCUCUGCCCGGCCCCCAUAUAACUCAUUUCCUUCAGCUUUUCAAGGCUUUUAGACAAUAUUGUGCUGUGAUGCAUUAUCAACUAUUGAGGGGGUUUCAGCAGGUUAUUCCACCACUGUGAAUAUCAAGUAUGAGGGAGAUCUUUACCUUACUGCACUUCAUCUCAUGCCUACACAAAGUGAUAGGAACCACCAAAUAAAGGUACAAAUCCUUAUCGACCUUUCUCUUUUUACCCUGAAAUAUAGUUGCAUUUUAGCACCUUCUGUUUACUGUUCAUAAGUAACUUGUUUUGGACAGACAAUAGAUAAAAUUCAAAAUAUUUUUGGUUUGUCCAGAAUCAUCUGAUACAUGAGCUGACUACUUAUGUAGGUAGCAUGCAUUUGAAUACUAUGCAGGAUAAAGCAAACCGGAAGCUGAUUUAAAAGAACAAAGGAAUAGAAUAUUUACCUCCAUCUGAGGUACACAUAAUAACUGAAAUGAAAUUAAUUUGUUUUGAAAGAGCACAAAAGAGAUCAGUAGUACCUUUCCGGGUGUUGAGAACCAGAGUUAUAGGUAAAGAUUCAAUAAUGGAAAUAGAUGGGUAUAGACCUUGUGCAGGCAGAUGGGAUUUGUUUAAAUUAGUAUCAUGGUUGGGGCAGAAAUUUGGGCUGAAGGGUCUGUUAUUGUGUUGUAUUCAAAUGUGGUCUCUGUUGCUUUGAAAAACAAAAUGAUUCACGACCACUUGGCUGGGGUUUUGAAAGAAACUGAUGAAAAUAUUCCUAACAAGAAAGUUCAUAGUGUCAAAUGGUUAAAAUAGCAACUAACAUAGGUUAAUCUUUAAAGUAAUCACUGUGUGCAGGAACAAAUGAUUAAACAAAUUGUAUUUCUACUUAAAAUACUGGAAUUAAUUUAAGGUUUCCAUGAUUUCAAGGUUUUCCACUGUUGGUCAGUAUAUGGCGUAAUAGGCACAAAUUAAAGUAUAGUUUUUUAUUAUUUGUCAAUGUGUCAACGUAGGAUGUAUUGGGUACUAUAGAAACAAGUGGGAAAAUAAUAUAUUGCUGGGAGUGACUAACAAAGGUGCCAGUAUA